CUUGAGUUGAGUGGCCCCAAAAGUCUUCAUGCCUUGCUCCUGUGGGGACUGGAGACGAUGGAUUCGUCCUCUGGUGGUCGUCUUGUACAUCCUGUUGCUGCUCGUCGUCCUGCCUCUGUGCAUCUGGGAACUGCAGAAGUCAGAGGUGGGUACACACAACAAAGCCUGGUUCAUCGCUGGCAUAUUUGUCUUCAUGACCAUCCCGAUAUCAUUGUGGGGCAUCCUCCAACAUCUGGUUCACUACACCCAACCUGAGCUUCAGAAACCUAUUAUUAGAAUUUUAUGGAUGGUGCCAAUCUACAGUUUGGACAGUUGGAUUGCGCUGAAAUAUCCCAGCAUUGCCAUUUACGUGGACACGUGCAGAGAGUGCUACGAGGCCUACGUCAUCUACAACUUCCUGACCUUCCUGCUCAACUACCUGGAGAAUCAGUACCCCAGCCUGGUGAUGAUGCUGGAGGUCCAGGAGCAGCAGAAGCACCUUCCUCCUCUCUGCUGCUGCCCGCCCUGGCCCAUGGGAGAGGUUCUACUUUUAAGAUGCAAGCUGGGAGUGCUGCAAUACACCGUGGUUAGACCUGUCACCACUGUCAUCGCUCUGAUCUGUCAGCUGUGCGGCGUGUAUGACGAAGGCAACUUUAGCUCUACUAACGCUUGGACGUACCUGGUUAUUUUCAACAACAUGUCGCAGCUGUUUGCCAUGUACUGCCUGGUGCUGUUCUACAGGGCUCUGCGAGAGGAGCUGAGGCCCAUCCAACCAGUGGGCAAAUUCCUGUGUGUCAAAAUGGUGGUCUUUGUCUCCUUCUGGCAAGCUGCGCUCAUUGCUUUACUGGUCAAAGUGGGCGUCAUCUCGGAGAAACGCACCUGGGACUGGCAGAGUGUAGAGGCGGUCGCUACGGGACUACAGGACUUUGUCAUAUGCGUGGAGAUGUUCCUGGCGGCCAUCGCCCACCACUUCAGCUUCACCUACAAGCCUUACAUCCAGGAGGCCGAGGAGGGCUCGUGCUUCGACUCCUUCAUGGCCAUGUGGGACAUCUCGGACGUGCGGGCCGACAUCUCGGAGCAAGUUCGCAAUGUUGGCAGGACAGUCAUGGGUCGCCCCAGGAACUCUUAUUUUGGCGAGGCGCAGAGCGACGGAGAGCGCUCGGGCCUCCUCUCCUCGUCGGCCUCUCAAGACGCCAUCGCGGAGGCGGCGUCCGAUCCGGUGACACCCAAGGGGCACUACCAGGGCAUGGGGAGCACCCAGACGCCGCACUCUGUGUCGGCCCCCGCCGGGCUCAGCCACGCCCACUGGGACCAAGGACACGAGGCUGAAGAACAUGUUGCCCAUAGCGACGGAAGCAAAGAGCCAGAAGACGCAGACUUGAUCGCCAUCACUUAGCGUAUGACGUCAUGACUUGAUGACACGCGUGGGCGGGACCCAGUGACGGAACUUGUUUGUUUCCAGGGCUCUUGCCAACAGCUGGAAGAAUGUUCUUGAAGGCACUACUACACGACUUGACUCGUAUCAGCUGCAGCAAAUAUUAACACAAUGCAAGAAAAUAUGGGUGAUGACUAUUUUGGAAUAAUCUUAAGAAUAUCAAUAGAAUCUAUUAAAAUAGCAGAAAUGUACAUUCACAUCAUGGAGAUGAAUGUUUUGUCAAUUCUGGGCCUUUAACACUUUAUUUGAACGGUACUUUUUAUAUUGUCCAUUCAUUAUUAGGGGUGUGAAUCUUUAGGCAUCGAACAAUUCCUGCAGUGACCAUUUGAUUCAGAAUCCAUUCAACACGAUUCUUGAUUCAAACCGAUUCUUACAAUGUAUUAUUUGGUAUUAAUAAUUAAAAUGAAUUUUUUUUAAAACAGGUUAGAAAAGUUAUGUUUGGUUGCAUGGAGAUGACAUACAAACUUAUUUUUAAAAAUUGAUUAUUGUUACA